AUGUCUGCUUGCAACACUUUCACUGAGCACGUCUGGAAACCCGGUGAAUGUAAGAACUGCUUCAAGCCCAAGAGCUUGCACCAGUUACCCCCGGUGUCAGAGAAGAAGCCGCUCUCCCAUGCCAACCUGAAAGCCAAUGCGAGCCAGAGCAGCGGCCAGCGCCCGGGGAGGGGCAGCGGCAGCUUCCGCCCGCCUGUGGCCAAGAAGCCGACGAUAGCAGUGAAACCCACCAUGAUGGUGGCAGAGGGGCUCUGCGGGGAGCUGGCCACGCUGGAGCAGUGCGAGAACAAAGCCCUGCCCGGGGGGUGGAACCGCAACAAGGCGGUGCUGAGCAAGAAACCACUGAACAAUAACAAUGAGGAGGAGAUCGAAGGUUACAGCCAUGUUCCCAGGCCGUAUGGCAGCAGCGAGGGCGUGGGGAAGGUACCCAAUAACAAUAAUAAUGGGCUGACAGAAGUUCUGAAGGAGAUUGCGGGUUUGGAUACCACACCUCAGCUCACUGGAAAUGAAACAAACGCGAGAGAAACCUUCUUGGGAAGGAUAAAUAAUUGUUACAAAAAAUCUUUAGAAAGGAAGAUCCCUCCAAGCUGCAUGGUGGGUGGAAUGAAGGACUCACAGAGUAAGCACGUUAUUCUGAGUGGAAGCACUGAAGUCAUAAGUAAUGAAGGUGGACGUUUCUGUUAUCCAGAGUUGUCGAGUGGAGAUGAGAGUGAGGAUGACACGUUUUUUGGCAGCAUGCAGGAAGAGCACGAGAGCUGGGAUGAAAGUGAUGAAGAGUUGUUAGCAAUGGAAAUCCGCAUGAGGGGCCAGCCUCGCUUUGCUAAUUUCAGAGCUAACACCCUGUCUCCUGUUCCGUUCUGUGUUGACAAAAAAUGGAAUACUGUGCCCCUUCGGAACAAGUCUCUGCAGCGGAUCUGUGCCGUGGAUUAUGACGACAGUUAUGAUGAAAUUUUAAAUGGUUACGGGGAAGAGACUGUGAUUCUUUAUGGGCAAGAGAGCAUGCAGAGCAUGGUAUCUUCUGAUUCUACAUCUCCUGAUUCUUCUUUGACAGAAGAGUCUCGUUCUGGGACAACCAGCAGUUCUUCCCAGAAGCUCUGUAAUGGAGGGUUAUCUCCUAGCACUCCUCAGGACCUCAAAGUGAUUGAACCAGAAUAUGAAAGUCUUUGUGACAAUCAACAAGUGAAGGACGUGCCAAAAGCACCCAGAAAUGCUCUGAAAAGUCAGGAAACUCACAAGGCAGUCCUUGCACUUCGCCUGGAGGAGAAAGAUGGCAAAAUUGCUGUGCAGACUGAUACGCAGGAGAAUAAAAGUUCUUCAGAUGUUGCUGGUCAAGCCGUGACUAUUAAUUUGGUGCCUGUGGAGGAGCAAGCUAAACCUUACAGAGUGGUGAACAUGGAACAGCCAGUGUGCAAGCCAUACACAGUAGUGGAUGUAUCAGCUGCCAUGACCAGUGAAUGUAAAGAGAACCAGACUGAAACCUCAGAAACCAAAAAGGCAUCAUCUAACCCAAGCUCACCAGUAACCCCAGGCACACCUAUUGCAUCCUCUGCAGCAUCACCUGUACGUGUACACGCCAAUCUGAAAAAAUCCAGCGCGAUCAGAUACCAGGAAGUGUGGACUUCCAGCACUAGUCCAAGACAGAAGAUACCUAAGGUGGAACUGAUUGGAAACAGCUCAGGACCUUCCGUUCCUCCCAGGAAGACAAGCCACAAGUCAGCUCCUACUUCACCUACAGCUACAAACAUUUCUUCAAAAACCAUCCCAGUGAAGUCUCCCAAUUUGUCUGAGAUAAAAUUCAACAGUUACAACAAUGCUGGCAUGCCACCUUUCCCUAUUAUCAUUCAUGAUGAGCCCACUUACGCUAGGAGUUCCAAAAAUGCUAUUAAAGUUCCCAUUGUAAUCAAUCCAAAUGCCUAUGAUAACUUGGCAAUCUAUAAAAGUUUUCUAGGGACAACUGGGGAGCUGUCUGUCAAAGAUAAAACUACAAGUGUGAUAAGCCAUACCUAUGAAGAAAUAGAAACUGAAAGUAAAGGCACCGAAGCCAUAGGCAGCAAAUCCACUGAGUUGCCCCAAGCAAAGGGGGCAGCCAGUAGCUCUGAGUGCAGGCUGGGCUCUGUGGCUCAGAAGGUCCAAGAGUUCAACAGCUGCCUCAGUAAAAGCCAGAUAUCCCCACAGAGAAGUCACAGUGCUGACCACAGCUCCCCCCCCAGAGUUCAAAAGGCAAUGCAAGAGCCUGCAGCAAAGGCAGAUGUGACCCCAGACGGUUCUGUCGGCAGCGGGGGUGGCAGAGAGAACGCGAGCACGGUGCUCUCACAGAUUGUGGCUUCUAUCCAGCCUCCACAGUCUCCUCCAGAAACACCUCAGUCUGCUCCCAAGUCCUGUAGUGUAGAGGAACUGUAUUCCUUACCCCCUGAGGGAGAUGCUAGUAAAAACACCCUGGUACGACCCAAAUCUCUGUUUACAUCGCAGCCUGAAGUGGAGUCCUCCAAGAUGGAAAGCACUGCCAUUAAAAUGCAGAAGGAUCCUCUGUCACAGCCAGCUGCCACUCCCUCUCCAAAGGCAGCGCGAGCCACCCCGGGGGCCAUCAGUCCCCAGGCAGAGCAGGCCCCGCCAUUCCCCCCUCCACGCUCCACCUCCUCUCCCUACCAUGCCAGUAACUUGCUGCAGAGGCAUUUCAGCAACUGGGCCAAGCCCAACAGCCCCACCAGGUCCACAGAAGCCGAGUCCAUCCUGCACUCGGAGGGGCGGCGCCCCGAUGCCAAACCCAAGCGCUGGAUAUCGUUCAAGAGUUUCUUUCGCCGCAGGAAAGCUGACGAUGAGGAGGACAGGGAGAAGGACAGGGAGAAGGGGAAGCUGGUGGGUCUGGAUGGAACUGUGAUCCACAUGCUCCCCCCGCCCCCAGUGCAGCGGCACCACUGGUUCAGCGAGGCCAAGUCGGAGUCGAGCGAGAAGCCCUCGAUCGUGUUCAUGUACAGGUGUGACCCUGCACAGACCGAGCCCCGGGCUGAGCUCCCAGCCCAGCCUGGGCUGGACUCUGCCAUCGCAGAGGCACUGGCCAAGGACAAGGGGGAAACACAGGAAAAGCCUCCAGAGAGCUCAGAACAAAACGCAGCCAGCCAUUCCUCACCACCUCAGGCUCCCAAGAAAAUCCCCAGCACACCAGAACACUGUGGAAUCAAUGGCUCGCCAGAGUUUCAAGACAUGAUUAAAAGACUCAAGAAGGCCCUGAAAGAAUUUCCUUUAAUGGGGAAUUGUGUGAGUGAGUACAGUGGUCAGGUGCCCGAGGAGCCGGCCCUGGAGGAGCUGUCCCCGCGUGUCCCCAGGGCGGUGUUUGUGAAGCAGGACAAUGGGGGCAGCGCCUCCGUCAUCCCGGCCUCAGCCUCCCGCGGGGCCCUGGGCCAGGAGGAGAAGGAAGAAGCUCCAAAUUCUCCUGAUCUGAGUACCUGCAGUGCUACCUACAGCAACUUAGGGCAGUCCAGAGCAGCUAUGAUCCCUCCAAAACAGCCCAGGCAACCCAAGGGAGCUUUGGAUGAUGCCAUUGCCUUUGGAGGGCUGGCAGACCAGGAGACAGUGAACAACUUGCAGCCAACACCACCUCCACUGCCAAAGAAAACAAUUUUGAGAGCGAACACAGAGCCAACUCCCCGAGACCUCCAGAAGCAGGCUCUGGAGAACAACCUGUGCAUCAUGGCCAACCCCACCUAUGACAUUGACACCAACUGGGAAGCGAGCAGCGCCUGCUCCUCGGUCAGCCUGGAGCUCAAGGUCCUGGACAAUGAGUCAGGAGAUUCCUUGGACAGGCCCUCAGAGAAGCUGAGGGCGGCCACCUCGGCCACGAGCAGCGUUUCCAGCCUGGCCACCGGCAGCAUCAAGGAGCGCUGCUCCACCAGCAUGGAGUCCCUGAGCGGGCGGCGCCUCCCGCAGGCCAGGCAGGGCCAGGGCGUGCAGAAGCCGCAGAGACAGGCGCUCUACCGGGGCAUCGAGAACAGGGAGGAGGUGGUGGGCAAGAUCCGCAGCCUGCACGCAGACUCGCUGAAGAAGCUGGCGCUGAAGUGCGAGGAUCUGUUCAUGGCGGGGCAGAAGGACCAGCUGCGCUUCGGCGUGGACAGCUGGUCGGAUUUCCGGCUCACCAGCGACAAGCCCUGCUGCGAGGCGGGCGAUGCCGUGUACUACCCUGCCUCCUACGCCAAGGACCCCCUCAACAACUACGCCGUCAAGAUCUGUAAGAGCAAGGCUAAGGAGUCCCAGCAGUAUUACCACAGCCUGUCCAUCCGGCAGAGCCUGGCUAUCAACUUCAACAUCCAGCAGGACUGUGGCCAUUUCCUGGCCGAGGUGCCCAUGCGCCUCCUUCCCUGGGAGGAUGACGACGCAGCGGACGUGGAAGAAGAGCGGGAGGAAGAGGAGAAAGAGCCUGAGCAGAAGAACAAAGACACUGCCUGCAGCCCAGAGGCCUCGUGCAGGGACAGCCCCAGCAGGCAGGGCACCCUGAGCAAGCCCCGCAGCCGCGUGGUGGUGAUCACCCGCGAGGUGCCGCAGCUCACCGUGGCCGACUUCGUGCGUGACUCCGCGGCCCGGCACAGCAAGAGCCCCGACCUGUACGAGAGACAGGUGUGCCUGCUGCUCCUGCAGCUGUGCCUGGGCCUCGAGCACCUGAAGCCCUACCACAUCACCCACUGUGACCUGCGCCUGGAGAACCUGCUGCUGGUUCACUCCAGGCCGGGAGGCAGCCCCCUGAGCCCCGAGGCCACAGAGCCCAAUCCCAACACUGCCUGCCCGGCCAGAUUAAUUGUGAGCAACUUCUCCCAGGCCAAGCAGAAGAGUCACAUGGUGGAUCCUGAGGUCCUGCGGGAUCAGUCCCGCCUGGCUCCAGAAAUCAUCACUGCAACGCAGUACAAGAAGUGUGAUGAGUUCCAGACUGGCAUCCUCAUCUAUGAAAUGCUGCACUUACCCAACCCCUUUGAUGAGAAUCCAGAGCUGAAAGAGAAGGAGUACACUUGUGCCGAUCUCCCCAAGAUUCCUUGCCGUUCCCUCUACUCUCAAGGGCUUCAACAACUUGCCAGCUGCCUGCUGAAUCCCAACCCUUCGGAGAGGAUCUUGAUAUCAGAAGCCAAAGGAAUCCUUCAGUGUCUGCUUUGGGGCCCACGUGAGGACUUGUUCCAUGCUCUCAGUACAUCUUCCAACCCCUCACGGAGAGAUGCUAUACUUCAGAACUGGCUCGAUAUAAAAAGGACGCUGCUGAUGAUCAAGUUUGCAGAGAAGUCCUUGGAGAGGGACUGUGGAAUUAUUCUGGAAGACUGGCUUUGUUGUCAAUAUCUGGCUUUUGCCACUACAGACUCACUUCAUCGCAUUGUGAGACUCAUGAAGCAGCACUAGUUGUAGAGCCUGUUGCUUUUCGUGAAGCAUCCCCACCUCUGCCCCAGCCCUCACUCCAGCCUGCACUAGGGCUCACACUUUGUACAAUUGUUACAAAACAGCCUAGACAACAAAGCCAGCAACUCUGAGCAAAUAGGUUCUAAUUGGAGAAAUUGCAUCCUGUACCAAGUAUGACAGAAACUUUACUUUUUUGCCAGGCCUGCUAGGGAUUGAUCACAUACACGACUGCAUUUGGAUCAGACAGUAUGUAACUUGAUUCAUAUCUGGCUGAAAAGGAGAGCAAGCUUUGAUACCACUAUUUCUACCACUACAGUAAACAAAUUGCCCUCCUCUUCUGGGUAGUUUCUGUCAUUUCCUACAUAGCAUUGAUUAGUGAAUAGCAGUGACCAUAAGCAGAGAUGGAUUCGUGGUGAAUGUGAGAUGAAUUAUCCACCAUGCCACAAAACACUCAUUUGCUUUCACUCCACAUACCACACGUUUCCUCUCAGCUUAGUCAGUCCCCCACAAGCAGGCUGUGCUCCUCUCUCCUUUGGUCUCAACCAAACAGGUUCUGAUCUUUCUCUUACACUUUACACCACCUGUACUUUCCUCCCCAGAUGUGGUUUUCCCACUGAGCAUGGCAAGUGUCAGUGAGCAGUAAGCACCUGUGUUCAGUCCUCUUCCCUCUGCCUCAUUGCCUACCCAUAUCCUUUCUAACCAUUCACAAUUUCAUCAAUACUGCCUUAAUCACACCAUCACCCUUAGCUUGAGACCUGUGCAUUAAAAAGCAGCAUAUGCACACUUUAUCUAUCCUAUUUCCUAGGCAACUUUCACCAGUCUGAACUGUUGAUGUACUGUAGGCAUAACCACAUUUAUACAAGAACAAUACAACACAUGGUAGACCCUUGAAAUUCCCCUUCCAUUGCAAAAAGCACUAAAGCCUGACUUGAAAUGGAUGGGACAUACAUAACCUUCUCUGACAAUCACUGCUAUGAAUCAGGGAUGAAAAUAAAAGCCACCUCUUCUGUUUUGGUUUGGUCUGCUCUUGUCACUUAUG